UAAGAAUUGUCAUUAUGACAUUUUAAUACAUAUUAUCAAUAAUUGCAAUCUAAAGGACUUUUUAAAUAUUAAAAUGGUAUUUCCGCAUCUUUACCGGGCAGAGCACAGUGAAACAAAUACUACCAAUGGAGUUUACGGCGACUAUUAUGCAAAGAAACAAAGCAAGAAAAUUGGCAUACAAAAGGACCUUCUGAAAAUUUUGAAUUACAUCGAUUCUCAUAGAAAUCAAUUCCUCGACAAGUUGGCAGACAUCAUUCAAAUAAAAUCUGUUAGCGGUAGAUUGAAAUAUCAACGAGAUGUUCAGAAGAUGGUUCUUUAUACGGAAACAUGGCUUAAAAGGCUGAGGAUGAAAUAUGAAUGUUUUGACAUUGGCACCUACAACUUGGAGGGAGAAACGGUGAGGGUGCCCUCGAUUAUAUUGGCGUCUUUGGAGCAAGACUCCAGUUAUAAAACGAUUUGUGCCUAUUUGCAUAUGGAUGUUCCUGAUCCAGAUAUGGAACAGUGGAAAACAAACCCCUUUGAGUUAACUCUAGUGGAAAAUGGAUAUUAUGGAAAUGGAGUUGCUUGUGGCAAAGGUUAUGCCCUCAUGUGGUUUCACGUUAUCGAAGCUUUUCAAAAAAUACAGAUGCCUUUGCCAGUGAACAUUAAAUUUAUCAUAGAGUUUAUGCACCACGAAAAUAGUAUAGGCUUAUCCGAAUUAUUGCAGAAACGAAAACAGGAUUUUUUCUGUCGCAUUUACUGUGUCAUAAUCUGCGAAUCUGAAUGGAUUGGCAUGAAAUAUCCAUGUUUGGUUUAUGGAUGUGCAGGAGCAAUUAAUCUUGAAAUUUCCAUUACUAAAAUCGAAAAAUCAGAAACCGACAUAAAAGAGGACAUGGAAAAAAUCGCAAACACUCUUGUAGAUGCGGAUGAUAACGUCCUAAUCAAAGGAUUUGAUGAUCUUGUGGAAGAUUUAACCCCGGACGAGGAGAAUAUUUAUGAAGAACUUCAGGAGUUUGAUAUAGAAACUCGAAGGAAAUCACUACCAGAGAGUAAACAAUCCUGGGACCAAGUCAGACUUUUAAUGGACCUCUGGAGACACUCGUCUCUAUACCUCCAUGAAAAUCUCGAAUGUAUUUGCGAGAAAAGAGAUUCUUCGAAAAUUAAAAAAGUUAUCACUGCCAAAGUGGUACCAAAACAAGACAUGGAUAAAUUAAUACAGGCAAUUGAAAAUCACAUACAAAAUGUGGUAAAGGACUUGAAGAUACAAAAUGAGGUGCGUUGCGAGGUCAUGGACGUCAAACGGUAUUGGAUCGAGAACUUUCGACGCCCUUGUUUUAUUGCUGUCAAAAGGGCUCUGACCCAAAUUUACAAAGAAGUGCCAAAUAUGAUUCGGAGGAGCACUGUCACGGAGGCACUUACAGUUAUGGAUAGAACUUUGGAGAAGCCCAUCGUGAUGGUUCCACUAUCACGUUCCGUUUCGCGCCCGGGCAAGUGCAACGAAAACAUUACUUAUCGUAAUUAUAUUGAAGGAACGAAAGUUAUUGCCGCGAUUUUGUUUCAAAUCUCGUAUACCACAGAUGUAAACCCUAAAAAAUGAGUGAAUUUUUAUUAUACAUACCUAUUACAA